AAACUUCACUUCUCUCUCUCUCUAUUUGCCUCACCAUUUCUGCUCACUAGUUGUUUUGUUCGAUUUGAUCUGCCAAAAAAAAGAUGAAUCUAUACCUUUUAUAGUAUCAAUCUCAUCAUCAUCACUACCAGCUAAGUCUCUCUCUUUCUCACUUUUUUUUUUCUUUCUCUAUUUACUCAAUUAUUGUUCUUAGCUCUCGAUCUACAAAAGAAAAAAAAAAAAAAACCCUAAUCUUUUCUUGGAUCCAUAUCAAAAGAAACAAACCCUAAAAUCAAGAUUCUAUCUUCUUGAACUUUUCCAAAAAUCAAGAAUCCAUGGAGUUGAUCUCUCACCAACCAAACAAGAACCCUAAUCCCUCAACACAACUAACACCUCCUUCCUCAAGCCGUUACGAGAACCAGAAACGCCGUGACUGGAACACUUUCUGCCAAUACCUCCGGAACCACCGUCCUCCUCUCUCUCUCCCGUCGUGCAGCGGCGCACACGUGCUUGAGUUCCUCCGGUACCUUGACCAGUUCGGGAAAACAAAGGUCCACCACCAGAACUGUGCCUUCUUUGGCCUCCCUAACCCUCCUGCUCCUUGUCCUUGUCCUCUCAGACAAGCUUGGGGCUCCCUCGACGCCCUCAUCGGCCGCCUCCGAGCCGCCUACGAGGAGAACGGUGGCCCUCCAGAAGCUAACCCAUUUGGCUCACGCGCCGUCAGGUUAUACCUCCGUGAAGUUAGAGACUUCCAAGCCAAAGCUCGUGGCGUUAGCUAUGAGAAGAAGAGGAAGAGAGUGAACAGGCAGAAACCGCAAACGCAGCCACCUAUACCACUUCAGCAACAGCAACAGCAGCAGCCACAACAAGGUCAGUCUUUGAUGGCUAAUUACUCGGGUGCAACUGUAUGAUCAUAUUAUAUAUAAUUCGCUUCUACCUUUCUAUAUGUAUUGUCUCUCCUAUUUUGCUUUCUUUAAGUGUUUAAUGUAAAGCCUUGUUUUACAUUAUACACUAAUCCAUGCUUUUGUUUCUGUACUAGUUGUUUAUGUAAUAAGAUAAAACUAUAUGUUUA